CCUUCACAUGGCGAUGACAUAGUUCGUUGUUGCCGUGACGCUUUUGUGGUCGAGAGAGCGAAGUGCUCUUUAGUCUCAACUAUCAUCGCUAUGGCGCGGGACUUCAGUUGUCCGAUGCGCAAGCCAAAGCUAGCCCUAGUUUCGUGCAAUGGCCAAGACCUCCGAAGUACCUCUGCCAUCAAACGCAGCUGUCCAACACAAGCUCCGUGUAGCUCUGGAGUAUCGUUAGAACCUCUUCUGUGUUCUUCCUGACAUUUUGAAUCGCAAUGGCUGACUACAAGCCUGAGAGCAUGGUCGCUGCCAUUCGCCAGUCUCCGCCCAUCGACGUUACCACUCCAUACGAUGCCGCCUGGGUCAAGGACAAAGUCAUACUGAUAACGGGAGGAGCGAGCGGCUUCGGCGCUGGCUUUGUGCGGCUGUGGGCGAAGAAUGGAGCAACAGUCAUCGUUGGUGACAUCAACGUCAAAAUGGGCGACACGCUUGUACGCGAUGUGCGCAAUGAGGCGGGCCACAAUCGCGUGCAUUUUGUGCACUGCGAUGUCACAGACUGGCAGUCGCAAGUCAAUCUGUUCAAAGAGGCGGUCAAGCUGAGUCCACAUGGUGGGCUUGACACGGUCGUUGCAAACGCAGGAAUUGCAGGCAUCGACGUCCUACCGGAGGGCAAGAACCUCGAUGCUGCAGAGCCUCCGCCGCCGAACUUCAAGAUCAUGGAUGUGAACCUCACUGGUGUCCUGUACACAACGCAUCUCGCGUACUUCUACCUGCCAAAGAACCCCGGCUCGAAGGUGUGCAGCAUCGACUCGAAGCCUUCGACCACAUCACCGCGCGAUCGACAUCUGCUGCUGCUUGGUUCGGUAGCGUCACUCGCGCCUAUUGCGAUACAACCACAAUACAACGCUGCGAAGCAUGCUGUGCUGGGACUGUUUAGAAGUCUGAGGUCGACGAGCUCGCUGCAGGGGAUACGGGUUAACUGCCUACUCCCCUACUUCAUCGACACACCCAUUGUGCCCACAUUCGGCCGUCUAUUGCUGGCUGGCGGUGCAAUGGGUCGAGUUGAGGAUGUAGUCGCUGCAGGCACACGCUUUGUGUCUGACAGCCGCAUUCUCGGGCGCUCACUGGUCAUUGGGCCAAAGGUGCAUGUUCGUCAGAAGGAUAACGGCGAGUGGGAUCUGGUGACACCUGGAUCGCCAGGCAGCAUCGAGACAGCAGUGUUCGAGCCCUAUGCUGACGACUGGGAAGAUGUGGAUGCGUGGGACCGCAACAUCGUGAAGAUUUUGAAUUUGGUCCAGGCUGGCCGAGGUUGGACGGGGUGGGCUCACGAUAUCGUCAAGGCUGUCUUCUAUGGAUUGGGUUUUGGAAGAUGAUCGAAAAUGGUCACGCAUCUGUCUACUACUGGUGCUCCGGAUACUUCGGCUCACAUUUGAACUUCAAAGAUCGUCAGCGGCGGGCGAUCGGUGGACUCACAAUGUGUAGUAGACUGCUAGAGAUGUACUUAAUGUAGAUGUUUAUA